UUUGAAGAGGAUCGGUUGAUAGGAUGGCGGUUUGGUAUCUAAUUUUGACUGCAGUGGUUAUGUCCGCUAUUCCAAAACCCGUGAAGAGUACUGCUGAGGUUAUGAGCCAUGUUACUGCGCACUUUGGAAAAUCUUUAGACGAGUGUCGUGAGGAGUCAGGUUUGUCUCCGGAAGUACUGGAGCAGUUCCAGCACUUCUGGAGCGAGGACUUCGAGGUGAUGCACCGGGAGCUCGGCUGUGCACUCAUCUGCAUGUCCAACAAGUUCUCCCUCAUGCAAGAUGACGCUAGGAUGCACCACGUCAACAUGCAUGACUAUGUCAAGAGUUUUCCUCAAGGCGAUCUUCUAUCAGCUAAAAUGGUCCAAUUGAUUCACGAGUGUGAAAAAAUACACGAUGACAUCAAAGACGACUGCAGUCGUGUCGUUAAGGUAGCAGCUUGUUUCAAAGAAAGCUGUAAAAAGGAGGGGAUUGCUCCAGAAGUAGCUAUGAUCGAAGCUGUACUGGAACACUAUUAACAGUGUCAGAGAAAAAUCAACUGGACAGGAAAACAAAAGACAAUCGCGAGAAUGGAAUACGGUUUUUUUUUUAUCCAAUAGUUUUAUGUUUAAAUCAAUAAAUGCAAUCA